AAGGGCUCGCCUGUAGAGACGCCACAGAACGCAUAUACCUAUCGAGGUCUAACAGGUGCUGGUAUUUUCUGCGCUGACCCAGGCGUAUGCGGUCAGGUGUCGCGCGCAGCAGUCUCUCAUAGUUUUGGCUAAUAGCUUACAUUAGCCAGAUUACGUGUGCCCAUACUGUGACCAAUUAUCUAACAAUUUUCUUGAGUAAGUCGUAGUUUUAUGCUGUUGAGAUUGGAUUCAUCAUUUGCGUCUCAAUCAUUCGGAUCACGCUGAUUAUUGGCUAGUAAAAGUGACAGCAUGGACCUUUUUCACACGCUCAAGUGGAUUAUGCUGGUGAUGAUGUCAACACUCUAUUUUCUAUGGAUCUUGCAAUUUCUGAGUCCUUCGUUUUACGAGCGCUACAAGAGAUUCUACUAACAAUCCUUCGAUGCGAUUUCAUUCGCGGCCCGUGCAGAGGUGGCGGCGGCGGCGGAGGAGCCAGGCUUCGGCGAGAUCCCGGGCCGUGCGGGAUAUCGUUGCACAGGAAGGAAAUCCGACUAGCCCGGCCGCCGUCUUCGAACGCAGGCAGCCACAAUGGCCGACGCGCGUAACACGGUCAGCCUGCUCGAACAAGCCGCCAGCGACAAGGAAGGUUCCCGGCCGUGGCCUGGGCCUCGGCAUUCUGAAGCACUGCAGCACAUCCGCUGAGAAUGGCUUCGUGCGGGUCCACGAACUUUACCCAGGACUACCGGCGCAGCUCUGUGGUCGCCUACAAACGGGUGACAUUAUCCUCAAAGUGAACGGUGUUCGCUUGCUCGGAAGAAGUACUGCGCAAGCUUUAGAGAUACUGAGGGCUGCGUCUGGCUUGGUGACACUUACCGUGUACAGGCAGCAGUCCGAGCCAAAUGAUGAUUUGUCGGAGAGCCAGGACGAGUUAAAUCAUGGUCGCCGCGAGGGCGACGGCGCGAUGGCGCCCAAAAAUGGAGGCUACGACCGCACGGGGCCGACCAGCGUCCCGCGAGCUUGCUCGUCGUCGCACGGCUCGAGUGAACUGAGCGACUCUGCCUCGCUGCCGCCAAAGUCGUCGCCUAUCGAUCCGGUGCUCGUCUGUCCAGUGCCCAAACCCAGACUGCGCAAGAACAACCAAGCCGAGCCCCAGCAGGACGCCACUGCGGCACGCAACCUGGCAGGACACUGUGACUUCGACGUGGUUACGGACGGAAGUGUGUUUGGUGGCUUGUGCAGCGGAACGUCGCGCGAGGAGAAGAGGUCGUGUGGCGAUGGCGCCGAGGCCGGCGGGGCUCACUCCCGGCGCCACAAGCCCGUGGGAACUCUCACAGCGGCAGCCGGGUCUUCGGACUGCGGUAGCACGUCGACGCUGGGCGUUAACGUCCUGAACGGAUUCACGAGGCCCGGCUCUACCACAGAGGUGCGCUCGUGCUUCAAUAGCGCAAUGUUCGCGGACAGCUUCGGAGAGGACGACGUUGGCAUCCCACGCUGGAGGGACUCGGUACUCUUGGAGGAGUCUGACGACUCCAAAGUGCCUCCUCACCGUAGCCGAGCUCAGGCCACGGAGGCGGGUGAGGCCAAGCUUACCGACGCGCCAUCAUUAGAGAUCGAGUGCGUGUCUGUGAAGCUCCACCGCGGCUGGCACACCAAGCUGGGCUUCAGCCUCAGAGACUGCGAUCCCAACGCCCGGGACACACCCAAUGCGCCGGUCGUCAAGGCCGUCUACCCGGGGAGUCUGGCCUCGAGGGAUGGUCGGAUCCACACCGGCGACUUCCUCGUACAGGUGAACGGUUGCGACUUCAUCGGCUGCACCGCCAGGGACGCUGUGGACUAUAUUUGGAAGUGCAGUGGCAAGCUUCAGCUUCUCUUUGUCAGGGUGCACAAGUCGCCGGCCGCACCUGAUCAGAAAUGACGAAGGUGCCGCAAUAAGGAUGUGCCCGGCCUCAUCAACAUUUCCCAUUUGCUUGUUAUACACAUAUUAAUAAACAUGUUGCUGAAUUA